AUUAUACAAAAAAAAAAAUUUAUCAACUAAUAAAAAUUUCAAUUAUUGAAGGACUUUCAUCCUUAUUUCCUUGGUUUUAAGAGUAUUGAGGUUCGACUUGAACCUUUGCAACAAUGACUGAACAAGAGCAUGAUAUUUCAUGGGCAUUAAAACUUCUUGAACGUGAAGGUUCUUAUAAAGAAAAUAUUGUUGCUAAAUACUCUUCCCAUGCACUUUUUGGUGCAAUAGGAUUAUGUGCUCCAAUUGUUGCAAAUUUGAUAUACAGAAGGCCGAUAUGGGCAGGUAUUCACUUGCAUGUAUUAAUGGGGGCAGGUGGAAUUGGAGUUGGAGAACUUUUACAAAGACGUGAAAAUUAUGUUCUUGCUAAAAGAGAUGCAAUUUUACGUGACUAUAUAACUCGUCAUCCAGAAGAUUUUCCACCACCAAAGCGAGAAACGUAUAAUGAUGUUUUCCUUGAAUGGGUUCCAAUUCGUUAACAAUCGUCUUAGAUCAAAUAUUAAAUAUUAUUAUCACUUUUUUUUGUUUAGAAAAGAAAAAAACAAACAUAAUAUUUAUACUGUUAUGUACAUUAAUCAUAAAAUGAAUAGAAGAAAAAUUCUGUAUAAGAA